UGCGUCACCCCGGAGUUCCUUAAAGGGGAAGCAAGCGAGGCGGCGGCCGGCGCGGGUGCGGUGGCGGAAGGCCCCGCGCGCUAGGAGGAUGCCUGCGGCGUCCGCGAGACCAUGCAAUGGCGAGCGCUCGUCCUGGGGCUGCUGCUCCUGCGGCUUGGCCUCCAAGGAGCGCUGUGGCUCGUCUUCGGGCUGGGGCCCAGCAUGGGCUUCUACCAGCGCUUCCCGCUCAGCUUCGGUUUCCAACGCCUGACAGGCCCGGACGGCCCCGGGUCUCCCACCCCGGGGCCCGCGGACCGGCCCCGGACGGCGGGGCCAUCGUGGCUGCAGUCGCCGGGGCCCGGGGCAUCGGCGGGGCGGCAGCGGGCCCCGCGGCGGCCACGGCCGGGCGUGUGCGGCCCCUCGCACUGGGGCGAUGUGCUGGGCGGCUGUGGCCGCGGCCCGGACGAGUACGAGCGGCGCUAUAGCGGCGCCUUCCCGCCGCAGCUGCGCGCCCAGAUGCGCGACCUGGCGCGGGGUAUGUUCGUCUUCGGCUACGACAACUACAUGGCUCAUGCCUUUCCGCAGGACGAGCUCAACCCUAUAGAUUGCCGCGGCCGUGGACCUGACCGCGGGGACCCUUCCAAUCUGAACAUCAACGAUGUCCUGGGGAACUACUCACUCACACUGGUUGAUGCAUUAGAUACACUUGCAAUAAUGGGAAAUUCAUCCGAGUUCCAGAAAGCAGUCAAGUUAGUGAUCAACACAGUUUCAUUUGACAAAGAUUCCACCGUCCAAGUCUUUGAGGCCACGAUAAGGGUCCUGGGGAGCCUCCUCUCCGCCCACAGGAUAAUCACGGACUCCAAUCAGCCCUUCGGGGACAUGACAGUGGAGGACUACGACGACGAGCUGCUGCACAUGGCCCGCGACCUGGCCGUGCGGCUGCUCCCGGCCUUCGAGAACACCAGGACAGGCAUCCCCUACCCCCGGGUGAACCUGCAGACGGGCGUCCCUCCCGACAGCAACAACGAGACCUGCACGGCCGGAGCCGGCUCCCUGCUGGUGGAGUUCGGGAUCCUGAGCCGGCUGCUGGGGGACUCCACCUUCGAGUGGGUGGCCCGGCGGGCUGUGAAAGCCCUGUGGAGCCUCCGGAGCAACGGCACAGGGCUGUUAGGCAACGUGGUCAACAUCCAGACAGGCCGCUGGGUGGGGAAGCAGAGUGGCCUGGGGGCCGGGCUGGACUCUUUCUACGAGUACCUCCUGAAGUCUCACAUCCUCUUCGGGGAGAAGGAAGACCUGGACAUGUUCAACGCCGCCUACCGGAGCAUCCGGAGCUACUUGCGCAGAGGUCGGGAAGCCUGCAACGAGGGGGAAGGAGACCCCCCGCUGUACGUGAAUGUGAACAUGUUCAGCGGGCAGCUGAUGAACACCUGGAUCGACUCCCUGCAGGCCUUCUUCCCCGGGCUGCAGGUGCUGAUGGGAGACGUGGAGGACGCCAUCUGCCUGCACGCCUUCUACUACGCCAUCUGGAAGCGGUACGGCGCCCUGCCCGAGAGGUACAACUGGCAGCUGCAGGCCCCGGACGUGCUCUUCUACCCGCUGCGGCCUGAGCUGGUGGAGUCCACGUACCUGCUCUACCAGGCGACCAAGAACCCCUUCUACUUGCACGUGGGCAUGGACAUCCUGCAGAGCCUGGAGAAGCACACGAAGGUCAAGUGCGGGUACGCCACGCUGCACCACGUCGUCGACAAGUCCAAGGAGGACCGCAUGGAGAGUUUCUUCCUCAGCGAGACCUGCAAGUACCUGUACCUGCUCUUCGACGAGGAGAACCCAGUGCACAAGUCUGGGACCAGGUACAUGUUUACGACUGAGGGGCACAUUGUGUCCGUGGACAAACACCUGCGGGAGGCACCAUGGAAGGAGCUCUUCCCCGAGGAGGGCCGGCGGGGCCCCGCAGGGAAGCCCUCGCACAGACCCAAGUCCCAGGAUGCGAAGGUCAUCAACUCCAGCUCCAACUGCAACCGUGUGCCUGACGAGAGGAGGUACUCCCUGCCCUUGAAGAGCGUCUACAUGCGGCAGAUCGACCAGAUGGUCGGCCUGAUCUGACCCCCCGGCCCUGCAGACCCCCACCCACGUCCAGUAGGGUCUUGCUCACCUCACCGUCUCUCCUCUGUUCAAUAAAGUGCCCUGUUUUCCUCAAGGACACGGUUGGAAGUGAGAAGGUCCGUAGAAGGCGGCUUCUGCUGACCGUGCCGGUGUCGCUCGGCGCAGUGGAUGGGAGGCUCCGGAUGGAUCCUCGCAGCUUUGUUCUGGGGGUCCCGUGGCGCGGCCGGCCUCCUGGCCGCAGUCCCGCUGCGGGCGGAGUUUCUGUGCAAAGGGCCUGAAGUCGACUGCACUUGGUCAUCCUGUCUCUCUCUCACUGGACAGUCGGGCCCUCUUCCCGAAACCCGCCGUGAUCUUGGGUCCCGUGGGGGAAGGUCACCCAGUCACCCGUCUGCACCCCCGCAAACUCCGCGGUGUUAGCGGCGGUCUGCUUGCAGUGUCCGCACUGGGUGUGUUUCGAGCCAAUGCGGGACUCACCCCGGAGCCGCCGGGUCCCAGGACCAGGCCGGGUGCCUUUCGGGGAGAGAGGGAGCCCCGAGGUGCCCGAGCUUCCGUCUGCCUCACAUUCACUCCCCAAGGAAUCUUUAUUCCGACCACGUCCGGGUCAGGGUUUGGCUUGUUUCCUGUGUCCGGUGCCGGUCCACCGAGUCGGGAGGGUGGUCAGGUGGCUUCUCAGCUCCCGCUUCUUGAGCCGUUUCUCUGUCCUGCAGGCUCUGGCCUCGGGCUGUGUGGCUUCGGUUUGGGCCACCGAGUGUCACAGCUGCACUGGGUCUGAGAGGUGUGUUCUGAGCCAUUCAAGGCAGGACCACAGGGGAGACGUGGAGGGGUGGGUGUCAGCAAGAUUCUGGCAAUCUCUUGGCCGGCUGUUGCCUUUCAACCUGACAUUUGAAGCAUUUAUAAGGAGGAGCGUGUGCUAACCGCCUUCUUCCUCAUUUCCUCGGCCAGAACGAAAGUGUCUCUCUUUGAACAUGUGCCAAGCGCUCAUGCAGAGAUGUAUUCGAACCCCUGGCCUCACACUAUCUUGUGGUUGUCUGUCUGUCUGUCUGUGGAGAGGCGAGCCAGGUGUGAACCAAAGGGACACAUUGUCCUCCUUCCUGAAAAUUUGUUACUGUUUUUUAAAAGAGAUGUAGGGUUCAGUUCACUGAGAUUUCUUCAGGGGUGUUUUUCAGUAAUAAUGUAUCACUUCCAUCUUUUAAACAUUCACUCUGCCAGUUUCAAAGUAAAAGAAUCAAAUGCUUCUGUUUUAGUUCUACCCCCCCACCCCCAUUUCAGAAGCAUUCUGUGUAUCAACACUGUCUCGUCUACUGAAUAGAAAGUUUUCUUGUUUCCAUGGGCUCGGGAAACCCAAGAGUCUCUCUCUGGACCCUUGCACCGCAGGCAGAGGCUCCCCCGUAGCUCUCUUUCCCCGGGUAAAUCCAGCAGAGACUUUCCCAACCUGCUUGGGAGCAUGGGCCACACGGAGCCGGGGAGCAGGCCCUUGGGCGUCCUCUGUCCCCAGCACCCUGGCUUUCCUCCCAGCUCCGCAGACACACCCAGCACCCCACGGUCCCCUCUGGACCGGGCCUUACUCCUCAGGUCCCUGGCUGCUGCUCUGUACUGUGUCUGUGGAUUUCAGGCCUGGGGGGCCUGCUCAGGGCAGCGUCAGACAUUCCCUUGCUGGGGCUUGGCCGGGAGGCCCCUCAGGAGCAGCCGUGCGCCCAUACCCUCCUCGAAGCCCCGCAGUCAGCUGGUGUCUUGGCCGCUUUGGCCCACACAGCGCCAGGGCUUGGAGGGUUGUGGGGGAGGCUGCCUUCUAGUCAAGUGGCUCGGCUACCCCCGCCAGGGGUGAGACCGUCACAGGGGUUGCCUCUGCUGCAGGUGAUGGGACGGGAACUCCCCUCCCUGGAGUUCUGGGAGCCUGGAGGUGACAGUCAGCUCUCCAGCCACACUGGCCCUCUGGAAACCCAGCUCCCGUCACCACCCCUUCCCUGUAGGCCGCUCAGCCGGGCUUCUGUGCAGAAGCUGCCCUGGCGUGGGGCGCGGGUGCACGUGGGGUCCUUGUUCUCAGUGUCUGUGCAUAGACAGACUGCAGGUCAGAGCCUCAGAUCCGACGAGGCAAGUGUGUCUUGCGGCGGAAGGGCUGCUCCUGGUCGACCGACCCCCUCACAAGCUCUCCCCUGGGGCGGCUGCUCUCCAGUUCCGCACUGGCCGCCUUGCCGGAGCAGCGGAACCCUCAACCUUCCUCUUUCCUCUUCCAUCUGGCCACGUCCACGGCUGCCCAGGGUGUCUGGGACAGUGGCUGGGCUGGCCGGUGUCCCUGCCCACGCAGGGCUCAGGGUUGCCACCCCGCUGGGACGUGGGCGAGUCUGGUGACAGUGUUGUUCGGUCUCCGUGGACCUGCCGAGGUGGCGCACCUCCCCUCUCCACAGAGGCAGAGAGUGGUUCUCCAAGUAUUUUGUGGUGGUUUUAAUAGCAAAACACAAGCUGCAUUUUUAUUUAUUAUGCACAAGAAAAGUAAAUCUGUUGUGGUUUUUUUUUUUAAGCAUUCUAGAGUUGGAAGCUCUGGAAAACCUACAGAAAUACACAAGUGCUUCUCUGUAAUGUGCAAUAUGCUUUGCAACUAGAGAUGAUAUUUUCUAUCUAAUCUGUAAAUAAGAAGUGUAUUUAAAUUAAAAGGGAGCUUUUUGUAAAAGGACCAAAUGUUCUUUUAUAAAUGUACUAAGAAAUAUCUUGCUGUGUGAAAUUUAUCAGGAUUUUAUGAGCAGUUUUUAUUAAAAGAUUCUUUUUGAGUUGUC